GAAGUAGUCCACGUACAUUGCACAUGCGCACUAGGCGUAGUCAAACCGGAAGUUCUUUUACAGCUUUUAAAUCGGCGCAUCCUGCGUUUUGUGGAGGACAUAAUUCAGCCGAAAUGAUCAGUAAAGUGGUCGGUGCAAAGUAUGUGGCCAUUGCCAAAUCAUGGAUCCCCACCAUGGCGGUUUGGGGCACAGUCGGAGGCGUGGCUCUGGUCCACUUCACAGAUUGGGAAUUGAUUUUGGGUUAUGUCCCAUACAUCAGUGGCAAAUUCAAGAAGGACGAGUAGCGACACUCAGGUCGGUGCUGUUUUUUGACUUCAAUAAUGAAGAAGAACUGCUGCAGCCCGCUCUGCGUGCCAGGCCUUCAUCCUGCAGCUCAGUCAACAUUGAACUGUUCACCAUCGCCACAUGAAAUGCACCGGAGUCAUUUCAAAGUUCCUCAACCAGCGACAACUUGGAUGGAAGGAAUAUGAAAACACCAACGAUAAAUGGACUUUUCUUUUCUUUUCUUACUUAGUCGGGGGGGUCAGGUAUUUAUUUUAUCAUUCUCAUGUGUGUCACACCUGAUUCACAAGUAGAAAAACGCUGUCCUUCAUGUCACACUAAUUGUUUUGAAGAGAAGUAAAGUAUGUGAGAUGUAUCCUA